GUGAAGUCCCAUGCUUGCGUUUUGUUUUGCGUUUCCGACAGUUGUGCGUUUUUUCCAAUGUGUUCCAUCUCUGCUAUACCUGAGCUUCCGUCUUUGCUGUUUGUUUUGUUUUAAAGGUUUGAAUGUUGCUUUGAAGUGUUUUUAGUGUUUAUUUAAUAAUUACAAGACUAGAUUUUGAUAAUAAUAAAGUUUAAUAAAAAGUAAAAAUAAUUAGAAAAAAUAAUUUUAUAAAGAAGGUAAAAUUAAACAUGUCGGAGGAAAACGUGCAGGCGAAGCAUAAAUGUGGAUAUUGUGGGUAUUUUAUAAAGGAUAUGAAUGAUGUUUUGAAUCAUUCUUGUUUCGACAAUUAUAAUGAAACGAACGAAUUUAUAAACAUUGAUGAUAACCAUAUUGUUACUAUAAUUUGCCAAGAUGUUGGUAGUGGUAAUAGAGUAAAAGGGAAAAAUUUGGCCUGGAACGAUGAAUGGGAUGAAUCUCUGAUUGCAGCUGUUUGGCAAAGGCCUGCUCUACAUAAUUAUCUCUUGCCUGUAAAAGAACGAUCACCAUUAAAAUUGAAUGAUUUAUGGAAUGAAAUUCAUAAUACUUUAGGUGUGUCCACUGUGAGUAUUUUAAAAAGUAGAUGGAAAUACUUACUAGGGCAAUAUCGAAAAGAAAAGUUAAAAAGAAAUGAGUACAUUCCGAGCGGUUCAGCUGCAACAAAAAAGAAAAAAAAAGGAGAAAAUGAUGAUUUUCAAUUGUUUGAAAUGAUGACAUGUUUUGACGUAUCCAAACCCAUGAGAACAUUACAUACUUUUUCAUCCGAUUCCGAUUCUGAGAAUGAGAAUGAGAAGAAAACCGAGCAUAAGAUAAAGAAGAAAAAGAAUAAAAGAAAAGAAAAUAGUAAUUCUGCAUGGUCUACUGAAUUUUAUGGAAACCUUCUCACAUCAUUGACCCCAAACGAGAAGAUUGAUGAAUCUCCACUGUAUUCUUUGCUUCCAACAUUUAAACAAUUACAAAAACAAAGACAAGUUCGUGUUGGAAAAUUAUUCCAACAAAUUUUGCAAGAGGAACUAGAAGGUCAAUUAAGAGAAAAUUAAUGAUUUUCUCUUAAAAAAUAAUAAAUCUUACAAGAAUAUUAUAUUUAUUAUAAAGUUUCUGUUGUGGUAAACUUUUUACAGGAGAAAAAAUCUAUGUUACAUUGUAAAUAAAUUAAUAUGAAGUUAUA